GGGUUCUUUAAGGGAAUGUCUUUCCCUCUAGUCAGCAUUGCUGUGUACAACUCCAUGGUAUUUGGAGUCUUCAGCAACACCCAAAGGAUUAUUAGUCAACAUCGCUAUGGAAAUUCUAACCAUCCUCCAGCACUCACGGAUUUGGCUUUAGCAAGCAUGGUUGCAGGGGCCUUUUCUGUAGGAAUUGGCGGUCCAGUUGACCUGAUAAAAAUAAGGCUACAGAUGCAGACACAAAGUUUUCUUGAAGCCAACCUAAACUUAAAGCACAGGACAACUGGAUUUUCGGUCCAGACUGCCUACAGAGGUCCAAUUCAUUGCGUUGGCUCAAUCCUUCGGCAGGAGGGUUUGGCGGGAUUAUACCGGGGCUCAGCUGCAAUGCUUCUGCGGGAUGUUCCUGGAUAUUGCCUCUACUUCAUCCCAUACACACUUCUCUGUCAAUGGAUCACUCCAGAGGGCUGCCUCUCUCCCGGUCCUUUUUCUGUGUGGCUGGCUGGCGGCCUUGCAGGAGCAAUAUCUUGGGGAACUGCUACUCCUAUGGAUGUUGUGAAGAGUCGCCUUCAGGCUGAUGGUGUUUAUUUAAACAAAUACAAAGGAGUCCUUGACUGUAUCUCCCAGAGUUACCACAAUGAGGGUCUAAAAGUCUUUUUCAGGGGCCUGACAGUGAAUGCAGUGCGAGGAUUCCCAAUGAGUGCUGCCAUGUUUCUUGGAUACGAUCUUUCACUCAAAGCCCUGAGAGAUCAAGCAGAGACAGAUUCUUGAAUUCCAGGUCAGCAUCAUAUAGUUAUGUUGAAUAAUUUCAUA